AUGGCUUCAUCAAUCAAUGGAAGAAAACCAAGUGAAAUUUUCAAAGCACAAACUCUCUUAUACAAACACAUAUACGCCUUCAUAGAUUCCAUGUGCCUUAAAUGGACAGUUGAAAUGAACAUACCAAACAUCAUCCAUGAUCAUGGCAAACCUAUUACUCUUUCAAACCUAGUUUCAGUUCUUCAAGUUCCAUCAUCCAAAUCGGGUAACGUGCGGCGUCUCAUGCGAUACCUUGCACACAAUGGAUUCUUCGAGAUUGCAACGAACGGAGAGAUAGAAAAUGAAGAAGAAGCUUAUGCUCUAACUGUUGCAUCAGAGCUUCUUGUUAAAGGAAGUGAUAUUUGUUUAGCACCAAUGGUUGAGUGUGCUCUUGAUCCAACGCUUUCGGGUUCGUUUCAUGACCUGAAAAAGUGGAUUUAUGAGGAAGAUAUUACACUCUUUGCUGUUACUUUAGGAUUUGGUUUUUGGGAUUUUCUUGAUAAAAAUCCUGAUUAUAAUAGAUCUUUUAACGAGGCAAUGGCUAGUGAUUCUAAAAUGAUAAACUUGGCUUUGAGAGAUUGUGGUUUUGUGUUUCAAGAAUUGGAAUCAAUUGUGGAUAUUGGUGGUGGAACUGGAACAACUGCUAAGAUUAUCUGUGAGACAUUUCCUAACUUGAAAUGUAUUGUGUUAGAUAGGCCACAGGUUGUUGAGAAUUUAUCUGACACCAACAAUUUGAGUUUUGUUGGUGGGGACAUGUUCACAUUUAUUCCUAAUGCUGAUGCUGUUCUUCUUAAGUGGAUUUUACAUGAUUGGACUGAUGAGGAUUGCAUAAAGAUAUUGAAAAAAUGUAAACAGGCAGUUACAAGUGAUGGAAAAACAGGAAAAGUGAUUGUGAUAGAUAUGGUGAUAAAUGAAAAGAAAGAUGAGAAGAACAUUACUCAAAUGAAGCUUGUUAUGGAUGUAAACAUGGCAAGUGUUAAUGGGAAAGAGAGAAAUGAGAAGGAAUGGAAGAAACUUUUUGUUGAAGGUGGCUUUCAAGACUAUAAGAUAUCUCCUUUGACUGGAUUUUUGUCUCUUAUUGAGAUCUAUCCUUAA